AUGAAAUCACCAACGACAGCACGCGUAGAAACCCUCUUUUUAUUGACCGAGAAAGGAGAGUUGGCAGAAAAAUCGAGCUCCACACAUCCAUUUCUCCGCAUCACCCUUCUCAUCACCGCGUUAUUCUUCGCAUCAUUGAUUUCCCUACAAAUUCUCUCUUCCACGCCAUCAAAUCGCACAAAUCGUACUCACGAUUUCGGAAUGGAGAACUCAACACAAGCCAUUUGCGAGAUCACCUCGACGAAAGCUCGAAAACUCGACGUGUGUUCGCUAGGAAAUAAGGACCCAGCCGAGUACACGGUCUCUUGCGCCUAUCUCGAACUUGAUGGCGAUCACCGAACGCAAAUGUGUCUCAUUCAUCAAAAGAAAAUCAAGUGCCAACAUUAUUGUGUGCUACGGGAGAAGUUGAAGGGCGUGAAAUUCUGUUGUUGUACGGUGCCCGGUUGCAAUGCUCCUGAGAUGCUCAUUCGGCCGGAUUUA